AAAAUAUAUAACAAUUUUUUUUUUCUUAAUUUUCGUAUGUUUCUUUCCUUUACACUAGUGAAUAUAAAAUGUUUGUCUUAAGCACACGUUCUUUGAGCACACGUUUUGGUUUUGUUAACAGUGCCAUAGCCACCACGUUAACACAGAGAAAUUUUAGUGACAGCCGUACGUUGUAUCAAAAUAAUUUUACCAAUUCUAUUAGGGAAGUCUCCAAUGUUAUAAAACGUAGAUUUGAGGACGGUAAAAUGGCUAGAAUUGCUAAACCGGCACCUAAUUGGGAAGCUAAGGCAGUUGUUGGUGGAGAUGUUAAAACACUUUCGCUUAAAGACUUUGCUUCUAAAUAUUUAGUCAUGGUUUUUUACCCUUUGGAUUUUACUUUUGUGUGUCCAACCGAAUUGAUUGCCUUCUCGGAUCGAGUUCAAGAAUUUAGAGAUAUUAAUACAGAAGUAGUUGGUAUCUCCUGCGAUUCACAUCACGCUCAUAUUGCGUGGGAUAAAAUACCAAAGAAUCAAGGCGGACUUGGUGGGAUUAAGAUCCCUUUGAUUGCCGAUCUUAAAAAAGAGAUCACAAGAAGAUAUGGAUGCUUGUUUGAAGAAACAGGACAUCCUUUUAGAGGAACUUUCAUUAUUGAUGACAAGGGAACUCUUCGUGUUGCGCAUAUCAAUGACACCGAAAUUGGUCGAUCUGUUGACGAAACACUCCGCCUUGUUAAAGCUAUUCAAUUCGCAAACGUACACGGAGAAGUUUGUCCAGCGAAUUGGAAAAGUGGAGAUCGCACAAUAAUUCCGGAUCCAAAGAAAUCCAAGGAAUAUUUUGCGCAAUUAAAGGACGAUAAAUAAAGGUUAACCAUGGUAAAAAUCUUUUUACAAUUAAAUAAUAAUAUCCGUUAUCCCCUAAAAUGUACUUAAAUUGUACUUAAAUUAUACUUAAAAUACUUUUACGUUAUGGCACAUCCGCCAAUCUGCAGAAUGCAUUGGCGCUGUAUUAUAUAUAUCCAAAGUAUAUUUUUAAUGGAUUACUAUAACAUUACGAAAUAAAUUGUUAAUUGAGUUAGUGA